GCUGUAUUCUGUAGCCUUGACCACACUCGCCCCUUGACGCCUGCCGACCCUUGAACUUGAAGUUACCCGCCGACGACGAUUCGAAUAUAGCAAUGAGUCGUUCACCUCGUGCCAUCUAUGAAGACUAUGUUGGGCGGCGCAAAGGCAUCCUGCGCGCACUGACGACCGACAUCGACCGCUUCUGGUCACAAUGCGACCCUCAAAAGGAGAACCUCUGCCUGUACGCAUACCAGGACGGGACGUGGGCGUGCGACCUGCCCGCUGAGGAAGUUCCACCUGAGGCGCCAGAGCCAGCCUUGGGCAUCAACUUUGCUCGUGAUGGCAUGGAGCGCAAGGACUGGAUCAGCCUAGUCGCCGUGCACUCGGACAGUUGGCUGCUGGCGCUGGCGUUCUACAAGGGAGCGCGGCUCAACCGGGACGAGCGGGAUGAGCUGUUUGGCCUCAUAAACAAACUACCGACGUGCUACGAGGUGGUCUCGGGCCGCGUCAAGCAGACGAACGGGGGGCCAACGACGAACGCUGGCGGCAUGAAGCGGCCGGGAGGCCCCGGCGGGCCGUCGCGCGCUUCAGCGCGGGCAAGGAUGAGCGAUGACGAGGCGGACGAGGGCGGGGCCAGUGGCGAUUGGGAGGACGGCGAGGGUGACCCCUGCCCGGCCUGCGGGCGCCUGUAUCGCACGGAUGAGUUCUGGAUCGCCUGCGACGCUUGCGACACGUGGUACUGUGGGCGCUGCGCGAAGAUGACGGAAAAGAAGGCAGCGCAGAUGAAGCACUGGCGCUGUGGCCAGUGCGCCGGCCCGCAAUGACCGGCGUAGCGCAGCGGUUGACUAAGACCAGAGGGUUAUAGAGCGUGGGACUCAAGGGCGUUUAGUGUCGGAAGCAUACGCGCAUCAUAGCUGUUUCCAGACGCAUGCGGGCUGGUUGUGUCACAUAGGGCAACACGGCUGUGUGCAGUUUUGCGGUAGCACUGCGGGGCUGGGCCUGAAUUAGGUGCUCCCGCGCAGAUGCAUUGCGACAAGAAGAGGGUGGGUGACAGACGUAGACAUGGCUUACUAUGCUGCAUGAUCACGUCAAUCUACCGUGGGGUUAACAAAGCUCAGACUCGUGCACCUGUACAUUGCGUGAGUGCAUUUCGACGGACGGUUACUGGCUAGGCGGUACGACAAGGAGGGGGCUCGCUUUGCGCGACCGAGGAGGCGGAGGAGGAGGGAGGUAUGCGUAUUCCAGCUGAACGUACCAUGGAGGACAACUCUGGAGGAGGUUAGAUGAUAUUUUGAUCACCGCGUAAGGCGUGACCUUGGGUCAGCGGGUUGCACGUGAGCGCUGGUGUGACUCCGGUGGCUUGUGACUGACUCAGGUUGAGCACGGACAGCGUUCCUGGGGGGGCUUCGCACCCCCUGAACCGCUGUGCUCCGGCGGCUCAGCCCAAAACUGGGGGUAGUGCGGGUAGAUACGGUAGUGGCCGUCGCCCAGGUCAGCAUGCUGCGUGCGACAUUGAGAAGUGUCACAUUGGCGGUAUAGACGCGGUGUAGAGUCCAAAGUCGGUUUGACAACAUAUGCGCCCCUCGUCUGUGGGACCAUGUAGUCAGGGGACCCGUGACGUGGCAAAUGGGCCCCACGAACCAGUCCCUGCGUGUUGAUCAUGCAUCCUCACUGGUUGCUGUGCGCUGGCUGAGGUCGAUUAUGAGCAGCAGCUGCUGUGCGCUGUAGGUGUGCGAUGGGACAGUGCUGGCUGGUGUGGCGGACACACACUUCUUACUCAGCCCUCGUGAUGGAACAUGGCAAGGGGCAGGAAAGCGUAGUCCCGAUGUGUGUGGCUCCCACCCGUGCCCACAUAAAUGCGUAGCAAGAAGGGACAAGGCAUUGGUGCGUCGUUCGCGCGCUGUUACUGUACCGACGGUAGCUGGCAGGUUGUGACGAUGUUUUGCUGACGCGCAUUCCUCACGCUCCGGGCGCCCGGCCAAGGCGAUAGCACCACACAGACUCAAUGCGACGCCACACCGCGCGGAUAGCAUAGCCGAUGCGCACCUGCAGGCAGUCGACCGGCGUCCACGGAUGAGCUGUGUAGACGAGCACUAGCGUAAUGCAACGGCGUGCAGCAAAACAAUGGCCGGGCGACAGUGUGACAAGCAGGGGCAAGAACAAGGCGAAGCAAAGCAGAAGAGGGGCCCGAAUGUGUACGACAAUUGUGGCGGGCAGGCCGAAUGCGGUGCAACACGCCAACAGCACAACCGGAGGUGAGGAAGCGUUGCUGAUGGUGAGGAUAGGUGCUGCGACGUUCGGUAGGGGAGCUGUGGCCGCGCACUAGAUGGGAGGAAGUUUCCGAGGUGUUGUUUCCGAGGCAUUGUUUGUGGCUGAUGUUUGUGGCUGAUUAAGAAAGAAGCAGAGUUUCGGCUGUGAGCGGCUGGCGAGGAGAGGCGGGGGCUGUUGCGUUUUGGAAGGCGGGCGGAAGGCCGCACACGCCGGGAGUCGGGCAGGCUGUAGAUUUCGCUGAAGCUGCGUUUGAGAAGGGAGCCGAAGGGACAGCUGGGGUGGGACAGUUGGUGUGGGACAGCUGGAAGGGACAACUGGAAGGGACUACUGGAAGGGACAGCUGGGAGGGACAUCUGGGAGGGGACAGCGGAUGUGGGACUGCUGGGGUGGGACAGCUGGGGAGAGGCACGGGACAGCUGGGGAGAGGCACGGGACAGCUGGCAUGGGACGCUGGGUGGCUGCAGAGGCUGGCAGCGCUGGGGCUGGUACGUAGGUGGGUACUUGGGUACGCGGCUGGAUGGAGCCCGGGCUCACGAAGAGCUCCCCGGUGGCAUGACAGGAGGCGGCGUCUUAAAAUCAUCAGCCCUGCGGCACGGGAGCGCGGAGAGGGGACACGCGCACACACACAGGG